AUGGACAACUUCCGCGACCAUCUGGAGAAGCCUACUCCCGCCGAUGAGAGUGUCACACAGCACGGAGAAGUCGACAUGAUGGUCACUCCGGAUGAGGAACGCAGUCACCACGAUGACUCCGAUCAUGAUGAUCAGGAAGCGGACGAAGCUUCCGAUGAGGACGCUGGUCAUUUCGGCGGAUGA